UCCCUCUUCGAAUGCGAUCCCCGUUCCUUCGCAAGAAACCUUGGCCGAUUCCAAUCUCUCCCUCCCCGCUCCCCUUCCGCAUAAAGCAAAUCUCUUGUCGCCAUCAUCUUGUCGUUCUCAUCCCGUUCUCAGCCCACUUCCUGGAUCCGGCGGCGGCAAUGGGGGAGGAGCAGAGGAAGAAGAAGGAUGUGAUUCGGUUGGAGCGCGAAUCCGUCAUUCCGGUUCUCAAGCCCAAACUCAUCAUGAAACUGGCGUAUCUCAUCGAGCUUGGUACUGACCGAGCUGAAUUCCUUAGGCUAUGCAAAAGAGUUGAGUACACUAUUCGAGCUUGGUACCUUCUACAUUUUGAAGAUCUUAUGCAACUUUACUCACUGUUUGAUCCUGUUCAUGGUGCUCGGAGAUUGGAACAACAGCACUUGUCUGAUGAGGAGAUCGAUGUUCUGGAACUGAAUUUUAUAACAUAUUUAUUCCAGGUAAUGGAAAAGAGCAACUUCAAACUAGUGACUGAUGAGGAGAUUGAAGUUGCGCAAUUUGGGCAAUAUCUCUUAAAUCUACCGAUCAAAGUGGAUGAAUCCAAGCUGGACAAGAAGCUUCUGCCAAGGUAUUUUAAGGAGCAUCCUCAUGAGAAUCUCCCGGGAUUUUCUGAUAAGUACAUGAUUUUUCGCAGGGGGAUCGGAAUUGAUCGUACAACUGAUUACUUUAUCAUGGAGAAAUUGGAUAUGAUCAUAUCUCGUAUUUGGAUGUGGUUUCUGAGAGUUACUAGGCUCGAGAGACUAUUCUCCAAAACCGAAAAGUUGAUAUCCAAGAAAGAUACCAAGAAAACUGAUGAAAUCAGUUCUGAUUCAGAGGAUCAAGACAUAUUUGUGGAACGUAUUCGAAUUGAAAAAUUGGAGCUUAGUAUCGGAAAUCUAAUCGGCCAGAUCACAAUCCAAGAGCCAACUUUUGACAGGAUGAUCGUUGUGUACAGGCGAGCAAGCACAAAGACACACAUAGAACGAGGAAUCUAUGUAAAACAUUUUAAAAAUAUUCCUAUGGCUGACAUGGAACUAGUAUUGCCUGAAAAGAAAAACCCAAGUUUGACUCCUAUGGACUGGGUCAAGUUCCUCAUUUCUGCUGUGCUUGGUCUUGUUACUCUUGUCAGCUCCCUUGAGAUGCCUAAAGCGGACAUCUGGGUUGUCAUUGCCGUCAUCUCUGGUUUGGUUGGUUACUGUGCUAAGGUCUACUUCACGUUUCAACAGAACAUGACGACCUACCAAAAUCUAAUCACCCAGUCCAUGUAUGACAAGCAACUUGAUAGUGGCAGAGGCACGCUUCUACACUUGUGCGAUGAUGUGAUUCAACAAGAGGUGACCUCAAGGAAAAUGUUUCCGUUAUUGAUUUGUUUGAUGUACGUCCUAAUAUUGUUUUGCGAUCUGGAUGUGCAGGUCAAAGAGGUGAUAAUUUCUUACUUCAUUUUGAUGGAGCAGGGGAAACUAACAAUAAAGGAUCUUGACCACAAAUGUGAAGAACUCAUUAGAGAACAGUUUCACGAGGAUAUCAACUUUGAAGUCGAGGAUGCUGUCCGAAAGCUGGAGAAACUUGGUAUUGUUGCAAGAGAUUCUAUUGGAAGAAUCUACUGUGUUCCCCUGAAGCGAGCAAACGAGAUCAUUGGCACCACCACAGAAGAACUGGUGAUCAAAGCCCAACAAGGUCUUCCAAGUUGAUCAAAGUUGAGAAUCCAUCAACAACAUCCAGGUUUUUCCACAGCAAUAUAUUUUUCCUAGUCGAAGCCAAAUUUCCACUUAAUCUUCAGUUCGACCAUGUGUCGUUUUACAUUCUUUAUCUGUAAUUAUGUAUCUUUUAUCCUUCAUUCAUUAGCUGGUCUUCUUUGACUGCUGAGGGGAUAAUAAGAACUGGAAUAUAAAUUAUUUAUAUUCUUUCUUUUACGAAAUAACUUUGAUUUGAGUUCAGAAAUUGAUUUGUUUUCAUGUAAUGACUGCACUAACUUUCCCUUAGAAAUGUAUGUGCUUUAUGCACAUUUAUAAUCCAACGUUUUUCUCCCAUAACCUGCUACUUGUAUUAUCAAGUUUGUAUUCCUUUUAAUCGCGAAGGUUAAUAGGUGAUGUCAGAAACAUAGUUUCUGUAAAAUUAUGAAUUCUUUGGUCCAUUUGGCCAUCUUAUGGACGAGUUACAGUUUGCAGCCCAACAAAAGGGAGAACAGAAAGAAGCUGUUCAUGCUUGAACUUAUAAGAUCCAAAGAGUUCAUCCUCUAAGAAUGUUAAUGAUUAGGAAUUAGUGUCAAUUUUGAUUUAUUAUGGAAGGAAAUGAAGAGGAGGAAUGCUGAGUAGUAGAUUGUACCUGAGAGGAGGAAGGUGGGACGUGAAGACGGUGCAGCAUGGUAACAUCUGCAUUCUCCCAUUAUUCACCAACCAAUCUGCCAUGACAUCAACGCAAUGAAGAUAAUUCAGAUCAAAAUCACAAGUCGAAUGACAAAAUAAUAAUAACA